AUUCAAAUAAAAGGAAUUUGAGAAAUCGGAUUUGUCUUCUUUACCUUCAUCUCCAUUCCUCCUCAAUCCAAACAAGGGUUGGUGAACUAUCUGCUUAUUCACGCCGUACUAUUUUCUUUAACUUUCCCAGCGUCCAAACAUCACAUCGUUUGCUACUCCUCAAAUAUUUUACUUGUUAAAAAUUGUUACUCAGAUCUCUGCAAAACAUGUCAUGGUCAAGUCUCGCUAAAGCUAGAAGAAUUCCUCAUCUAAAAUCUAUAUUAAAAAAUGGUCCUCUUCAGCCCAGUAGGGCUUACGAUUUCAACGGAGCCAACAGUUACAAGAACAUCAGCGCUGCACAUAAUUGGCCGAGUUUUGGCGGUCAUUAUCGGAUUCCAGUGCCAAGGUUUGAAGUUAGCAUACCACCAAUCGGUGGUUGGCUUGGUAAUAGUUGCAGUAAGAGGCAUUUCGCUACUUAUCAAGCUUCUACUAGUACAGAGCGGAAAUCGAGAAAAUUAUUGAUGUAUCUAACGGGUUUGGUUUUUGCAAUGGUUGGGGGUACAUAUGCUGCUGUUCCUCUUUAUCGAAGGUUCUGCCAAGCUACUGGCUAUGGAGGCACCAUUCAGCGCCGGGAGAGCGUUGAAGAGAAAAUUGCUCGGCAUGCUAAAGAAGGAACUGUCACCACAAGGGAUAUUGUUGUGCAAUUUAAUGCUGAUGUGGCUGAUGGAAUGCCUUGGAAGUUUAUUCCCACACAAAGAGAGGUGAGGGUAAAACCAGGAGAAAGUGCUCUUGCAUUUUACACUGCUGAGAAUCGAAGUUCAACUCCAAUAACUGGUGUAUCUACGUAUAAUGUGACCCCUAUGAAGGCUGCAGUGUACUUCAAUAAAAUACAAUGCUUUUGCUUUGAGGAGCAGCGUCUUCUUCCUGGGGAGCAGAUUGAUAUGCCUGUAUUCUUUUAUAUUGACCCAGAAUUCGAAACUGAUCCUAGAAUGGAUGGGAUUAACAACAUAAUUCUAUCCUAUACAUUUUUCAAGGUUUCAGAGGAGUGAUUGAUGCUCAUGCCUCAACAUCCUUCCUCACAUAAGAGCUUGGCCUAGGUACUGCAUCGUGGCUUCAUACCUAAUUUGAUACAGAUGAUGAUAUAAAUGAUGGAUUAAUGUUUGUGCUAGUCAUGCUUUAUGGGCAUGAUUGUGUUUCCUCAAGGUUACCAUUCUUUUCAAUUGAGCAAAUUGAGAUUUUGUAUAAUACAAUAUAACUCUGAUAUUAGCCUUGUGGGGGGGUUUCCCUCUCCACCCAAAAUCAAAUUUAAUAAAUGGAAAUUAUUUUCAAAA